GACCGGGCAGAGAACCGAUAACUAGGCACAGGACCGCUGAGGACCGGACAGAGAACCGCUAAUGACCGGGCAGAGGACCGCUGAGUACCGGGCAGAGGAAGGUUGAACCACCUCGGAGAUUUGAAGUCCUACCGCCGUCCGGUGACACUCUCCUGAAGGCUUCCCUGAAGUUGUCGCUCGCCGUCCCGCCGGUGCACUGCUGUUUGUACGUUCGGGUCCCCACCGACUGACCCACUGAACGAACCCCUAAACGACGCCAUGAUCCCCGAAAGUCCGCGAGCCGGAGACCCGAGAAGUCGGACCCGCUUGGAUCACAGCCUGGCCGCCGAACCGAGCCGCGCCCCCUGCGGCUUGUUGUCCGAGAUCCGGACCAGCAUCAGCAAGGAGCCGUUCACCGACCACUACACCGUGAUCCCCGGCAAGGAGCUGGGAAGGGGGAAGUUCGCUGUGGUCAGGAAGUGUGUGGAGAAAUGCUCAGGCCUCGAGUACGCUGCAAAGUUCAUGAGGAAGAGACGGAAGGGCCAAGACUGCCGCAUGGAGAUCAUCCAUGAGAUCGCAGUGCUGGAGCUGGCCACAGCCAGUCCUCGGGUGGUCAACCUGCACCAGGUCUACGAGAUGCCUUCUGAGAUGGUGCUGGUUCUGGAGUUUGCUGCUGGAGGGGAGAUCUUCAACCAGUGUGUGUCAGACGACAAAGAUGAGGUCUUCAGCGAGGAGGACGUGAAGAGGCUCAUGAGGCAGAUCCUGGAGGGGGUGUCCUUCCUCCACCAGAACAAUGUGGUCCACCUGGACCUGAAGCCUCAAAACAUCCUGCUGACCAGCAGCUCUCCUCUGGGGGAAAUCAAGAUCGUGGACUUUGGUCUGUCGAGGGUGGUGAGCAGCCACCGGGAGCUCAGGGAGAUCAUGGGAACUCCGGAGUACGUCGCUCCGGAGGUUCUAAACUAUGAGCCCAUAAGCACAGCAACAGACAUGUGGAGUGCCGGCGUGCUGGCCUACGUCAUGCUGACGGGAAUCUCUCCGUUCCUGGGGGAGAACAAGCAGGAGACCUUCCUCAACAUCUCCCAGCUCAACGUGAGCUACAGCGAGGAGGAGCUGCAGCAGCUGGACCGCAGCGCCGUGUCCUUCAUACAGACGCUGCUCCUCAAGCAGCCACGGGAUCGGGCCACGGCCGAGCAGUGUCUCAAGCACCCUUGGCUUCAGUUCUCAGAGCCUCGGGACCCCCUGACGGCUGAGGACACCCCCCCAGUGGAGGACCAGGAGGCCCCCAGCAGCGACAGUACCUCCACCACAAGCCCUCACCUUCCCUGUGGCACCACCGUGGCCAAGGUAGAGGAGGAGGUGGAGGAAGAGGGGAGCCCCGUGUCAGAGGAGCUGGUGGUGGUGGCCGCCUACAUGCUGAGUCAGUGCCGCCAGUCCUCCUCCUCCCCCUCCUCCUCUUCCUCUUCCUCCCUCGCCCCCUCGGAAAAGGACGCCCUGGCCGCUGAGCAGAAGGCAAUCUCCAAGCGCUUCAAGUUCGAGGAGCCUUUCGGUGCGCUGCAGGAGGUCCAUGGAGAGUUCAUCUGUUGACUGUUGUCAUGGUAACAGGGAUAAACCACCUGGUUAUACGAAUUCCCCUCUAUUAGAAUACCAUUUGAGUACCUUUAUUUUGUGUAUCUUUGUUUUAACAGGUGAAAGUAUUUCUUUCUAUACAGGUUUUCUCCCAUAAUGCAUCACUUUCCUUAACAUCCUCCCACUUCACAGGCCUCAUAGUGUCGCUAUGCAAAGCAUCAACACACAAAUAGAUGGAAACAAAACUCUUUUGAACGCUGAUUUUGUUUUUGACCUGGACAAUAAGGUUGACACAAGGCCCAUUUGGUUCUUCUUCUGGAACUUUCCAUCAUAUCACUCGAGCUUACUCAGCCCACGAGUGGGAGACAACUGCAACUUCAUGACAUCUAAGUGUCUAAGGACAGGUGGUACUUUGGUAACCACCUUUGGACGAGGCUCCAGAACAGCUACUAAAUGGACCUAAAUAUUCUUUCAGAACAAUAAAUAAACAUUUGGGCUAUACUGUAUAUCUAAGUUGUAAUUUUGGAAAAGCUCCGGCAAAACCACUCAAAAUGUCUUAUCAUGACUUCUCAGUUAGUCAACAAGAGACGCUCUCUCUUAGACAGCUGGUCUGAUACCACGUUACUGCACUAUAUAGAUUUAAAGGGUUAAGAAAUAGCCUGUUUUUUCUCCACUUAAAUUAAGCACACACAGGUUUGAUUCAUUCCUUGAAUGCUGUUAUUUUAGACACAAACUGUACAGUUGUGUCUUACAUUUAGCCGGUACAAUAGAAUGCAUUUCCCAAUGCUAAAAUACUCAAGUUAAGAAAACGUCAAGUAGUUUAUGCAAAUAAGCCAAGCUCCAAGUCCGGUUGUCUCACUCUCCCUGGAGUUCCUUCAGCAAAGCAGCACAGCCCAAGUUGUGAGGGUUCUGGUUACAUACGGAGAGGGUUCUUGACUUGACAUUUGAAAAAGGUGGUACCUCUCAUACAUGGUUCAAGGUACCAAUCUUUACCAACUACCUAAAAAGUGUUUGUACAAACUGAGGAGCUGUAAAUGGUUCCAGCAAGAACAUUUAGUUCUAAAGUAAAAAAAAGUACAAGUAGUACCGGUAGCAGUGAUAGAUGGUUUGAAGUGUCUUAAUCAUCUUAAUUUAGAGGAUGUUUCUACCUGUGAGCUCAGUGACGUGAGGUAUGACCACUGAGGACACACAACACGUGAAUAUUAGGUGGUAGUUUUAGAACAAGAUGUUUCUGAGCUUUUGCACUGCAAAUAAAAUCAGACAAUCACUUUGCUAAUUUUGAAUGUUUAUCCAAGUUUACAAGAACACGGAGGCCCUGACAGAAGACUAGAUCCUCUCCUUCCGUUCUUACCUUUCUCAAUAAAAGUCCUAGUUAUUCUAUUAUUGCCAGAUGGAACUGCCAUUCACUCAGUUGUUCACUUGAAGGAAAUAAUGUACAACGCUUUACCUCAAACAGUGUCACAAUCUGCUUCCGGUCAACAGGGUCCUGGUAGACAGGGUCCUGGUAAACCGGGUCCUGGUAGACCGGGUCCUGGUAGACCGGGUCCUGCUAGCGGCCUGUAUAAACUAUCCAACCCUUUAUUGAAAAAGAUGUGUCGUGCUGCUGAUAUGAACAGUUGUUUAGUGAAGAAUUCCCAACCAAACAUUUUGUACCUGAGGUCUGUGUCAGGUCAGGGGUCAAAGAGCCUUUCCUUACCAGGCUGAAGCUCGAUCCCACAUCAAUUCAUCUGGUGUCACCUCUGUGAGCAUUGGGGGAAGGACAUGUCCCUCAGUAACAUAGACAGAGCUUAGUGAGGAUUGGGUGAGAAACAGCAACAAGUGUUUACUCCCCUUACCUCUUGUUUCCUGAUUUGGGAAUACAGGAGUGUGUCCGUCUGUAGUGCUGCUCUUUGACCGGAAAAAACUCGUCUUUACUCAAGCCUGUUUUUAUUUCAUCUCAUUCUGUAUUUGGUGCCAUGCUUGAAGAAAGAAUUUGUCAAAUUUUAGCUCGUGUUUUUUUUAUUUGAGUUAUUUCUGUGUAAUAUUGCAGAUGUCUGAGUUUUAUUAUCCUGUGUAUAUGAUGCAAACAUUCUUCUCUGUUUUUACAAGGUUUAUUUAACAGUAAUGUUCCAUUAAUCCUCUCAUGGUUUUGUCCUCAUUAGAAACUGUACGUGACUCCAAGCACUCAACUUCCAGACCAUCUGUGGUUUAUGAAGCAACAAAAAUCUAAUCAGAUUCAUACAUGUAUGUCCUGUACUGUAAAUAAACAUUUCA